ACCGCUCUGUACCACGUGGUUUCAAUCCACGUCUGCGAAGCGAAGCAAGCCAGAUCACAGCGGAACAUCUGAAACCUCAGUUGUUUUCAAAGUCAUUAUUAAAAAUGUAAAUAUACACACAAAUGGAAUGCAGUCGGAUGAUUUGAAACUGGAAUGGAUUUAGAGGAGGCUUACCAGGUGGUUGGAGAAUUCGGUAGACACCAGAAGCGGAUGGUCACCAUCCUGGUUCUCCUACAGAUUUACAUGGCAUGUCAGACCAUGCUCAUCAUUUUAGUGGGUGCUGUUCCAGAAUAUCACAUAGAUAUACCGGUUACUGGACAUCCGAAUGAUGAUAUAACACAAAGUGUGAAAUUCACAGAGGACAUCAGCUCAAUCGUCACUGAGUGGUACCUGAUUAAGCAUGAAGCCUACAAAGUAAACUUGGCUGGGUCUCUUUUCUUUGCUGGUGUGCUGAUCGGAAAUGUCCUGUUUGGGCCACUCUCUGAUAAGAUUGGCAGGAAGCCGGUUUUCCUUACUGGUCUGUUUUUUGAGGUCUUGUUUGGGUACGGAACAGCAUUAGCGCCAAGUUAUGAGGUGUUUGCUGUGUCUCGGCUGCUGGUGGGAAUUAUGAACGGAGGAAUGGCGUUGGUCUGCUUUGUUCUUACUCAGGAAUAUGUGGGAAAGUCCUACUGGGCUAUGACAGGGACCUUGACUAAUAUGACCUUUGCAGUGGGCAUCACUCUGUUCGCUGCGUUGGGUUAUUAUGUUCAGCCGUGGAGGAACCUAGCAACUGCAGCCAACUGUCCGGGACUUUUGCUCUUCCUGUUCUGUGUGACUUUGCCAGAAUCUCCACGCUGGCUUUAUUCUCAAGGUCAGACGGAGAAGGCUGAAGACAUCCUGAAGGAUUUUGCUCUGAGGAACGGGAAAGGCAGAAUUUCAGUGAAGCUCCGGCGGACCGUCAGCACCAGCGCUAUGAAGGGAUCCAGCCCUGGGGUUUUCCAGCUGGUCACACAUCCCAUACUGCGCUGGAGGACUGUGGUGCUCAUGUAUGUGUGGUAUGCGUGUAGCCUUGUGUAUUAUGGGUUGACCCUCAGUGCCAGUGAAGAUAAAGGUAAUCGUUACCUUACCGUUGCCAUGUAUGGUCUGGUGGAACUCCCUGCAUACCCUCUCUGCAUGUACUUCAUUAACAAACAGUGGGCAGGCCGGAGGAAGUCUAUGGCCAAUUUUCUUGCAUUUUCAGGCGUAUCCUGUCUGCUCACAAUGUUCGUACCUGUAUCAGGGUCCUUAUUAAGUGUCACGUCACUGGCUCUAGUGGGAAAACUGAUGGUCAGUGCUGCAUUUAAUAUUGCGUAUGUGUAUACGUCAGAGCUCUACCCAACCGUGAUCAGGAAUGCAGGGCUGGGUGUGUGUUCCAUGUCCUGUAGAGUUGGGGGAAUUCUGGCACCGUUUGUGCCGAGUAUGAAAUCAUUGCACACCUCCAUGCCAUUUAUGGUGUUCUGUUUGAGUGGGAUUUCCGCGGGCUGCCUGGGGCUUCUUCUGCCGGAGACACUUAAUAAACCUGCUGCUGAAACCCUUGAUGAACUGUCCAGCCCCACCUACCAGCGAAUCUUACAGCCGCAGGUUCACCUUUUGGAAGAAAAGCAUUUAAUUGACCACAAUGGGGCUGAUAGUGAUUGAGACCAAGACCUUGAAAACAUUGUAUUACACCUGUUUACAUGCAUUCCUUGACCAUGGUCAGAAUGUCGUGCCAUAUACUCACUCACUGAAAGACUAAAGGUGCCUUCCAGAAGAAAUCUGUCUGCUCAAAGGAUCAGUUCAGCAGAUUUAACUGUCAGGACUAAUUUAAAAUAAUGGAAAAAGGACCAGAUUCUCAUUUGUUAACUCUUUUCUCAUAAUGUCUGACAAUUAUGACGACUAAUUUCAUGUGUUUAAUGCCAUUUGUGUACAAAUGUCUUAUUUGACAUUUCAUUCACCAGAGUUUAUAUAUUAGCAUUCAACUAAUAAUCAGUAAUGGCUGAAAAUGUCAGUGAUACUGAAUCUUAAUUUUAGGUUGUUUUAAAGAAAUAGUUCACUCAAAAAUUACAUUUUUCAUUUAUUUACUAUUUUAAAUCUUACUGAAAUAUUUUUCUAUUAUACUCAUAUGCUGGUAUUUUUUCUGUGCAACACACAAGUAGUUCGGUCAUUGGACACUUGAUUUGAAAUUCAAUAAAUAAUAUCAGUGAAUAAAUUAGAUUUAGGAUUUAUACUUUUAUUUAUUACUUUUUUUUUCUUUUUCUUUUUUUUUUUUUCUUUUUUUUUGGUGUUUUACCAAGAAAAAAAAUAUCAGCAUGUUGAUUUGAAUCAACACUGGGGUGAAUAAUAGCAUAAAUAAAAACAUUUUGGAGACCCCUUUUUUUUACCAUUAUUGAUUGCUAUUUUUCUCCACAUGGUAAAGUGAAGUGUUAAACACAUAUAUAAGUGUAUAUUUCUGUACAGUGCUCAACAUGCAUUUGUGUUUAUCUUGAGAGUUAAGGGAAAGCUUUGAAAUAAAUGCCUUCUGUAUAUUGCG